GUAUUUAAUAAAAUUUUAUGCAACAAUAACUUAAUUUCAUAUAAAAGGGAUGUCAGUCAAGUGAUGUAUUUGAAUGAAUGGUAGUUGUGCUGUCUGACAUAUUUAACUUUUAAAAAAAAAACCUGGAAAAACACGAACGCAUAGCAAUGAUCACACCACGAGAAUUUCUGGCUAUGCAGGACAAAACUGUGUUGGUGAUUGGUGUUGGUGGUUAUUGUCAACGAUUUAUUUGGGAUGUUUAUAAAGAAUUUGGAAUUAAGAUUGUUUUGGUUGACCCUGAUGAUAAAAACCUUGCCAUUUCAAAGGUUACAGCAUUUAUUGAAUACGACUUUCAGAGUCACCAAACGGACCAGGAGCAUGCAACAUGCAUAAUUAAAAUUCUAAAGGAGAAAGGAGUAACAAUUGACGGCUGUGUUACAUUUUUAGACACAUGUGGCCCUUUAGCCGCAAUCAUUUGUCACCAUCAAAAUUUACACGGCCCAGGACAAGAAGCAGCAUAUGUGGCUAAAUAUAAAGGUACAACUUAUGAGGUAUUAAAAACAAAAGAGCAGACACACCAGUUUAUUGUAAAAUGUUACCAAAUCAAUACUUUAUCUGACAUCGAAAAUGCAUUUUCUUAUGUUGGAGUUCCCGCCGUUAUGAAACCGGAAAACGGAUGCUGUGGUGCCGGUGUAAAACGUAUUACAGAUUUAGAACAGUUCAAAGUGACUUAUGAGAAUGAAGCGUUAACACAUGGAAACAAUUUCACAUUGAUGGAGUUCAUAGAAGGGACUCAGCAUGGUAUUGAACUUAUACUAUUUCAGAGGGAGCUAAUUGCUUCGUUUGUAACCGACUAUGGCCCAACAAGGAAGGAUAGAUUUACAGAAACAGCCGCCACAAUGCCUAGCUGUCUAUCAAAAGACGCAGUAGAAGAACUUAUGACUGCUGCACAUAAAUGUUGUAUUGGUAUAGGGUUGGUCGACGGGGUUUUCAACGUCGAAAUGAAAAUGACCUCUGAUGGACCAAAGCUUAUAGAAAUGAAUGCUAGAAUGCCUAGUUUUUAUAUAAGGGACUGGGUAUUGACAUGCUAUGGAAUCGAUCUUCUAUUGUAUACUUUCAUGACUUGUUUAGGAAUUCGUCCAGAAAUUACUAAACCGGUUCCAACUCAUCAAAUAAUGGGCAUAGCUUGUGUACCGUCUGUACAUAAAGAACAUUUGACGAAGUUACAAACGGUUGAUCUAUUCAAAGAUAUGGAUAACAAGGGAAUUAUAAGUUAUCACCAAUUAAGCAACAGUUUAGAAGAUUGUGAAAAUGAUGGAAAUGAAAUACCAUUUUGUUCUCUUGCUUUCAUAGAUCAAGAUAUCCGAAAAACAAAAGAAAAACUAUUAACAGUUUGGAAUUCAAUAGGUUUCAACACGGACAGUUACGAUGUAAAGGAAUUUUUAAAACACUUUUAAAAUAGAUAAAAAAAAAAUCUAUUCGAAACACUUCAAUUUGUUUAUUUGUACUUAAAACCAUU